GUAUGUUCCGAGACAGGGAGACGACCUUGCUUUUUUAAGGUUUUCUUACCCGAGCUCAGCUCUGAACGUCUGAAAAUCCCAUUGGCCUUUCUGAAACACAUGAAGGGUCAAGCAUCAGGAGCUGUUUGGUUAAAAGGUCCUAGUGGAAAUUCGUGGCACGCAAACUUGAUCAGCAAUCCAGAUGGUCUAUUUCUCGAAGAUGGUUGGAAAGCUUUUCUGAAAGACCACUUGAUCCAAGUUGGAGACUUCCUUGUUUUCAGAUACGAUGGUAAUCUCCAUUUCUCUGUGCAAGUAUUUGAUCGAAGUGCAUGCGAGAAAGAAGUUGCAUUUGAUGUCAAAUCCAACCUCGGCAAAGACAACAACUCCUUUGCAGAACGUGAGGAGAAGAAGAAGACAGGUGAAGAGAAGACAACAGACGUCCUGGGUGCCUCUUCACCGAGUCCCUUUGAAGCUGCUGCGCUGAAGAGAAAGAGAGUGGACGAUGACCCUCCUCAAGCCGCUCAAGAAAAUUUCGAGAGUAAAAACGACGAUGAAAACGCUUUUGAUAAGAGGUUCUGUGGAAGAAAAGAUGCAACUCGAACAAGUGAAAGAAAGGAAUCCGCUCCCUUGUCCAGUAAGAGAAAGGAAGGUGGUAGAGCACCGAGAAAUUCUAGUCGUUUGAUGUAUUUAUCUCAGACAAAUGCUUGUGAACAUGAACCAGACGAACGUCUUCCAUCUGAGAAACAAAGCAAACCUUCAAAACUUGGAAGGGAGAUGAUGAAGGGCAAAAAAUGGAAGGAGAUGGGGAUUUUACAUCGUCAAUGCUGUUUUUCAAGGAGGUUCACCACUGAAAAAGAACGAAAAGAACUUUUCAAGGCACUCAAGUCUUUUACCUCUGGAUUUCCUUAUUUUGCGAAAUUUAUGAAAUCAACCUAUGUAUGCAAGAAAGAUAGUCUGCUGAAUUCCAUCGUGUGUGCUUUGACCUUCCAGCCUGACCGGCACCUGAGACGGGCUCUGGAAGCCGAGAAGUCAUCCCGUGAAGCCCAUACUGAACCGAGGGCAGCACGGGGUCAGGUCCACCGCCUUCAGAACGACGCCUCAGCUCAUAAAAGCUUUAUUGAGGUGCUGUUGGCGGAGAAGAACGAGUUGGCCCGAGACAAGGAUAGAUUGAGGGCCGAAGUGAACAGUUUCAAGGUCAGUCAGGAAGCACUGAAGCUGGAGAUAGACAGUCUCAAGGCAGACCGGGACAGCCUCAGGGCGGAUCGGGAUAAACUUAGGGCAGACUGGGACGCCCUGAAGCUUGAGUUGCAGGGCCUUAAAAAGGCCAAAGGAAAGUUAGAGCAAGAGGUGGAGUACCUUCGAGCUGACAUCAAGGAGAAGACGGUGAUUUUUGAGGACGCCCUCGAGGAGACCAAAGUGCAGGCUGUCAUUGAUUAUGUCCAGUCGUCGAAGUUUGAUGAUGUGAUGACUGAGGCUUACUGCAAGGGCUUCAAGCUCAGCCGGUGGCUGAUCAGGCACCUCUACCCCAAUCUGGAUACCAGCGCCAUCACUACUUCCCGGAUCACUGAUGACGUAGUGCGUCAGUCGGCGAAUGAUCCAGAUUCUGAAGACGAAGGCGCUGAUAAUGAAGCAGAGGAUGCUGGUCCCGUUACUGCCCCCGAGGGAGUCCCUGGAAAAGACGACGAGCCUCCGAAAUAG